CUAACUGUGACUCACUGAAGGAAUCUUUCUCCUGAGCUGUGGGCUUAGACAAACUCUUUUCCUUGGAAGCUUUCACAUUAAUGAAUCUCUCGAUGCAAUUACAGAUAUAAGGCAUUUACUGGUCAGAAGCUGGGUAUUUCCUAGAAUGUAAAUUCAAUGACAGCUCUGUUCUUUGGACUUGUCCAAAAUGGAUGAGCCAAAUCAGUGUGGGGAGAAAAUACACAGGAACAGGAUGAUGUCUUUAGGAAAUGAUUCAAAGUUUUUGGCUUUGAACAUAGUUUUUUUUUUUUUUUUAAACUAUCAAAUCAUUCAUUCAGUAUCUUAACAUUGUAUAGUGUAUCAUUGGCAAAGGUUUUCAAGUUCACAUGCCCAAACUGCAACUUCAAGCUGCCUGUGAACUCCCUGCAUUACCCCAGAGAAUGAACAGAGGAAGUCCUCACUUUGGGUGGGUGCAAAAAAUGUCCAUGGUUGGGCAACUGGGUAGCUCAGUGGAUUGAGAGCCAGGCCUAGAGAUGGGAGGUCCUGGGUUCCAAUCUGGCCUCAGACACUUCCCAACUGUGUGACCCUGGGCAAGUCACUUAACCCCCAUUGUCUAGCCCUUACUGCCUUUUUUGCCUUCUAAGACAGAAGGUAAGGCUUUAAAAAAAUUGUCCGUGGGCUCUGGGAGGAGGGGUAAUGGAGCAGCACCACCCCUGCCAUGGGCUGGGCAUGAGUGCCAAUACUUUGUCAAUGCUGAUAUAGUGCCUUCAGGUUUAUAAAGUGUUUUAUAGAGAUUAUCUCAUUUGAUUCUCACUGUAAUCCUGUGGCAUAGGAGUUGGAGGUAUUGUGAACCAGAGCUGUGGUGAGGCAGCUCUGGGCUUGUGAUUGAAUCUGAACAAAUCACUUCACCUAUAACUGCCUGCCUUGGACAAAUUUGAGAUUAUGUUUUUAAAACGGUAGCUGGGUUGCACUGUUGGGAGAGUUUCCUCUCUGGAAUUUCUUCCACUGAUGAAAUCACAGAUUUCAGGAAAAAACUGACAUUUAUAUGGGCUUUAUUUACACUCUCUGAAAAGCUGACAGGAUGGUUAGUUACCAUGGAAAGUGAAAGGUAAGAAGUCUACCGAAAGAUGUAAGAGGGUCUUCCUCAAGCAAAAACAACCCCCAAGACAAUACCGUUUAAAGGUUAUUACAUUAGGAAAUACUCUUGGAUGAAAAACAUAAAGCCUAACUUCAAGCAGCUUACACUUUAUGGGGGAAAUAGAACAAAUGUAUAUUUACAACACUGAGAUUCAAGACCAGCAAUGUGUUAUAAGUAGAGAGUGGACCAGCCUUGGAGUUAGACUUGGUCAAGACCUGACUGACACACAGUGGGGUGUGACUGGAUAUUUCACUUACCCUCUUGGUACUCCAGGAAACUCUCUAAGACUGUUAAAAGUUUUGGAAUAACUGCUGAUCUGCAUUAGAAUAGGGAGUUUCAAGGCAGGGAAUUCCCUAAACUAACAACACAAGUCCAGACAUCCCUUUUCCCCUCUGCCAAAAAAAUAGUAAUGUGCAGACACUAACUUUUACCAAUACUUCAAAGGAUAAGCUUUGAUAAGUAUGUUUCUGUAGGCAGCACCUAUACUUGGUUGGCUCGUUUAUUUAAGUAAACUAUAAACUCAAAAGUUUCCUUGCUAGGCAUUGUAAUCCAGUAUUGAAUCUCUUAGUAACAUAGCCUGGAUCCCCUAAUUCUCUGAUUAAAACCAUAAUAUUAGGUAGAUUUGGACUUUUUCAAUCCUGUUUCCUUAAGUCCCGUUUCUGCUUUGGUAUCUUCUCUGGACUAAUGAACCUGCAGAGUGAAGAAGAAAAAUAGAAUGCUAUAUUGAAAUAUAAUAACUAUUGACACUUAGCUGAUCUCUCUUCUGCUUUUAUGUUAUGGUUUUGGGGAAAAGAAGGUGAGUGAACCAGGGAAUUUAACUGGGGCAGUGGAUAGUGUUCUGGGCCUGUAGCCCAGAAAGCAAAGACUCAUUUUCCUGCAUUCAAAUCUGGUCUCAGAUACUAGCUAGCUGUGUGACCCUGGGUAAGUCACUUAGCCCUUUUUGGCUCAGCUUCCUCAUCUGUAAAAUGAGCUGGAGAAGGAAGGAAAACUACCCCAGUGUCUGCCAAGAAAACCUCAAAUGAAGUCACAAAGAAUCAGACACGACUGAAAUGACUCAACAGCAAAAUUCAGCUGGGCCUCACCCAGUUUCUUCUACCAUGGAGCAGUAGGGGUUCAGGGAUAUGGGAUCUAUUAAUAAUAACAUCAUGUCCCACCUUAGGUGAAAAUGGAUAGUAAGAAGAAAAGCACAUUUCAACUAGUACCUCUUCCUUCUCUAGAGCAAGCUAUUGUCAUAUCAACUGACCAACUGCCAUGGAACCUGCUAGAUUCCCAACCCCCUCCCCUUCUUUGUUCCUCUUUGACCCUACAGCUACCAAAUCUUCCUACUUCUCAUUCAUAGAAUCCAUUUUGUAGAGAACCAUCAAGUCUCCAGCCUCCUACUUUGCACCCCUAUCUAGGUUAAAGACAGAAGUUCAUGAUUCCUCCAGUGGAGGGCAACUCAAUGAAAAAACUUCAUGGAGAGAGCUAAGAAAUGCCUCAGUUGAGAAAGAGCAACUAUUACAGUUAUUCUCUUCCCAACAGAAACAGAAAUCUGACAAAACUCUCACCUCUUCUCCCAAGUCUUCAUUGAAUGCCGACGCCAAAGAAAUGGGGAAGAUUAACAAUACCGGUACAACCUGUAAGGCAAAUGUAGAUGAUCUUGCUAAGGAGCUGCACUGUCAACUGUGUCAUGAUUGGUUUAAUAAGCCUGUGAUGCUGCACUGCAGCCACAACUUUUGUAAAUUGUGCAUUGAAAAGGCAUGGAAGACUAAUCAGAAAGCAGUAUGCCCUGAGUGCUUUGCCCCAUGCCCAGGCAGGAACUAUAUUCCCAAUUUAGUGCUAGAGAGACUCAUGCUAAGAAUCAAAGAUAUGCCUUUGCUCCAAGGUCAGCCUCUGUGCCAGGAGCAUGGUGAGAACUUGAAGUUAUUCAGUAAGCAGGAAGGGAAGCUGGCAUGCUUCCAGUGUAAGGAUGUUCGGCAUUCACAGGAAUUUUUACAGAUAAACGAAGCUGUUCAUGUCUACUCGAGAAAGCUGGCUAUCAGUCAAGCUCAGGUGGAAGCAAGCUUGAAAGAAUUGCAGAAGUUAAAAGGUGUGCAAGAGGAGGAAAUCUGUGCUCAUAAGGAAAACAAGCUACAGCUGCAGCAAAAUAUCUCUCUGGAGUUUCUAAAGCUUCACCAGUUCCUGAACAACAAAGAGAAGCAACUUCUGAAUGAGCUUCAGGAGAUGGGGAAUGCCCUGGAAAAUGAGAUGGAACAGAGUCUGAACCAGCUACAAGAGCAAUGUGUCCUAGCUAAGGAAAUGUUGGUGGACAUCCAAGUCCAACUGGAACUGCAAAAUCCCUACGACUUCCUUGUAGACAUUACAGCCUUCUUAGGUAGCUUGGAAAAAGGAAUUGAAGUAUUGGCCCCCAGACACUUCAUUUCUGGGCAACUAAGCCUGGGCAAGUUCAAGGGCCCUAUCCAAUACAUGACAUGGAAGGAAAUGAGAUCCAUCCUCACUCCAGACAUUAGUCUGAUAACUCUGGACCCUAGAACAGCUCACCCAAAUUUGGUGAUAUCUGAAGAUCAAACCAGUGUGUGGCAUGGUGACAUUAAGCAGAUGAUUCCUGACAAUCCAGAGAGGUUUGACUCAAGUGUGGCUGUGCUUGGUUCUGAAGGCUUCACCUCAGGAAAAUGGUAUUGGGAGGUAGAAGUAGCCAAGAAAACCAAAUGGACAGUGGGAGUGGUCAGAGAGUCAAUCAAUCGGAAGGGCUGUUGUCCUUUGACUCCUAUGGAUGGGUUUUGGCUCCUCCGGCUAAGGAACCAGGUUGAGCUAAAGGCCCUAGAUGUACCUUCCUUCAGUAUGGUGCUGAAAUGCAAACUCAACAGAGUGGGAAUAUAUUUGGAUUAUGACGGGGGACAGGUGUCCUUUUAUAAUGCUGAAGAGCUGUGUCACAUUUAUACCUUCAGCAGUACCUUUACUGAGAAAAUAUUCCCUUACUUCUGCCCCUGCCUGAAUGAUUCUGGAGAUAACUUAGAGCCACUGAGCAUCAUUCACCCUAUGACUUAGGCUAAUACAAGCAGUAAUGAUGCUUUGUUGGUUUGGAGCUUUAUUAAAGGUACUGAUACAA